AUGGAGCCAACCGGUAGACGAUUACAAGACUGGACUAACAGACAUCUGUUUGCAACAUCUGUUGAUUCAUUGACACCCUAUCAACAACAACAGUAUUUUCCAGAGAUGUAUAAAAAAUUUUCAUUUUUCGUAUACCAGCUGAUUGGAUAUCUGUUCAAAUUCAGUUUAGAAAAUAGGAAGGAAAGAAGCCUUUAUCUGUUUUUGGCUGUUGCAGAGUAUGAAGAAGGAUCAAACUUGGAGAAAACUGAAGAAACUAAAGAACCAAUAACAGCACUACAGGCUGCUUGGAAUGUUACAAAUGCCAUCCAAGGAAUGUUCAUUGUCGGCCUUCCUGUCGCCGUCAAAGUUGGAGGAUGGUGGACUAUAGCUGCCUUAUGUGGCGUUGCAUACCUGUGUUACUGUACCGGGGUUUUGCUUAUCGAAUGUCUUUACGAAGGUGGCAUGAAGGUACGGCAAAGUUAUAAAGAAGUAGCAGACGCUUAUUUACCUGGAACUGGGCGUUUUGUGUUGGUGGCACAGUUAACUGAACUUUUUAGCACCUGUAUUAUCUAUAUUGUUAUAGCUGGUGACCUUCUACAAGGAUGCUUUCCAUCAAUUGACAAAACUGCAUGGAUGAUGUUAGUGGCAACCUCGCUGUUAGCCUGUUCAUUCUUGGAUUCAUUGCGUGUUGUCAGCAAUCUCAGUCUUAUAAAUGCCAUCUCGCAUUUGAUUGUCAAUGCGAUCCUUGUGUUUUAUUGUCUUGUUCAGAUCUCAAAUUGGGUUUGGUCAGAGGUAGCCUUUUUUCCAGAUCUUCGUAUCAUACCUACCAUGUUCGGUGUGGUUAUUUUUGGUUAUACAUCUCAUAUUUUCUUGCCCUCCUUAGAAGCUUCCAUGAAGGAUCCGAGCGAAUUCAAGUGGAUGCUGAAAUGGUCACACAUCGUUGCUGCCGUAUUCAAGUCGAUGUUCGGCCUUCUCGGUUUCCUGACAUUCGGCGAAUUAACACAAAAUGAAUUUUCAAAUUCAUUACCAAAUCAAGGAUUUAAGAUUUUGAUCAACUUAGUUUUGGUUGUCAAGGCACUCUUUUCGUAUCCGCUACCAUACUUUGCUGCCGUCCACUUAAUACGUGAAAACUUUUUUCAAGGGACUCAAAAAACUUUGUUUUCUAGCUGUUAUGGCGUUGGCAACACUUUACGUGAGUGGGCACUGUGCUUAAGGAUUAUUAUGCUACUAUUUACAUUGUUUGUUGCUUUGUCGGUACCUUAUCUAAUUGAACUGAUGGGACUUAUUGGUAAUAUCACUGGAACGAUGCUAAGCUUCAUUUGGCCAGCAUUAUUUCAUCUUAAAAUUAAAGGAUCAAUGUGCGAUCAACGACAAAAACGAUUUGAUUACUUUAUCAUUAUCACCGGCUUUACAGUAAUGAUCAUUGGAGUAUAUUACUCCUCUGUCGAAUUAGCUAAUGCGAUCAAGUACUCAGAAGAGAAUCUCAGACAGGCUUAA